AUGAAAUGGUUUCUGAUCGGAAUUAGAAAGUACAUUGAGAAAAUUAAAGAUGUCAAGGGGGAUGGAAAUUAUGGGUAUCAAGCAAUAUCAGUUGGGUUAGGUCAUGAUGAAGAGGAUUGGAUAAAUAUUAGAAAGAUAUUGGUCAUGGAAUUGGAUCAAUAUUUUUCCCUUUACGAGGGGAUGUGCGGCGAAAAAGAAUUGGCAAAAGAGUUGUGCCAUAAAUUGAACUACUCUGGAAGUCCCGCUCCAAAGGAUAGGUGGAUAAUCAUGCCAGAAAUGGGUCACCUCAUAGAAUCCGUUUUUCAAGUGGUGCUCGUCUUCUUAUCGAAUCAUCAAUGUCUUACAUUCCUCCCACUACAAUAUCCGCCCCUUCCCCCUGAGAGUCGAAGUUUGAUUGUGCUCAGACACGUUAACGGCAAUCACUUUGUAAUGGUAUAUUUGCGACCGAAUUCCCCCAUCCCACCUAUUGCAAGAAAUUGGUAUAUACAUCACUACCCAUUCGCGAAUAGAUGA